AGACAUGUAAAGGUCAAUAAUGUCGGCAUAAUUUUUGUCUUUUUCUAGUCAACAGAUUGACUUUUGCAAUUUAGUAAAGUAACUCCACAGGAAACCACAAAAGCCGGCAACUCUUGUGGUUCCUGAGGACCUUAAUAAACUAUCCAAAUCCCCCUCACAAAAGCCGGCAUAAUUUUUGUCCCUUGUCAAAAAUAUUAGCAACAAAAUCUUGGAAUACAAAAGACGGGCACCAAUGCGCAAUGGUUCUUAGAAUUUUAAACGGUGGAUGCUCAGCUUGGCCUCAUUUUUGCAUUCGAAUUAUUUAAGGUUUAAAUAAGGUUUGAUAACAGUUUGUACGUUGUUUAUAAUACCGAUAUUUCAAUUACCUUUUUCUACUCGUAUUCGUUCCUGUCAACUGCUGGAUACUUUCUCUCCUUCCUCUCCCAUCUCCUUUCAUCCGUCAAAACAGGCCUCAAACCCGCUUCUUCUGGUAAUCUUUUCGAGGCACAUACCAAAUCAAUGCCUUCCGUAUUUGAGCUGUCUCAACUCUUGUAGCUCAACAAAUUAAAUAAACCCCAGAAUCUAUAACUGCUAUGGUUCUCAUGCAUAUUUGAGCUCCAAAACAGACAGUAGGUUCAACCAGUUCUGAUACUGACUAUAUAAUUAGUUGCAGAAAGCAAUGGAUCCUGAAUUGCGUAAACUUGCACAAAAAGGGAUGAAUCCUGAUUUGUACGCAGCUGCACAGUUAGGUAAUUGGGCUGUAAUUGGAAGAUUUUCGGGCAAGUUCCUGGCUCAGAGGACUCCAAAAAGAAACACUGUCCUUCACGUAUUAGCCCAGUCCCGCGACUCUGCAAAUGUAGUCCAAAGCAUCCUAGCGCGAAAUUGCUGUUUGCUAAUGGCAAAGAAUGCUCGUGGUGAGACUGCACUUCAUUUGGCUGCAAGAAAGGGGCAUUCUGGCGUUGUUCGAGCACUUAUUGAUUAUAGUAAACAGAACAAAAGAUGUUGGUUUUGUGCCUGUUUUGUCGACAGAUGCAAGAGGAUGCUGAGGAUGACUAAUGUGGAUGGAAACACAGCUUUACACGAGGCAGUUAAGAACAACUUCUAUGAGGUUGCUAAGUUGUUGGUUCAAGAAGAUCCUGAGUUCCGAUAUCGGCCCAAUCAUGCUAUGGAGACUCCUCUGUAUCUCGCAGUUUAGAAGGGAUAUCGGGAUUUUGCGGUUCUGAUUUUGACGACUUCCAAGUCACCAGCUUAUCUUGGCCCCGGUCACAAAACCGCCCUUCAUGCUGCAGCAAUAUGGAAUUUGCCAGGAUCCUUCAAGAAUUUUCAAGGACAACAAUCGACCAACCAAUGACUAGAGGAAACCCAAAAAAAAAAAAAGGGUGGCUCAAGACGGUGCUUUUAAUUUUCAACUCAAAUGGGACAGGCUGAUACAGCCAGCUCUGAAUGAGACGAGUCAUAAAUGAGAAGUCUCUGUCAUAAAAAUUAGAGUAAAAUACAUUUUAUCUCACUGUAAUUCAACGAUUUUUCACAUAACUCUCUUUAGUUUCAAAAAUAAUAUAUAACCGAUCAUGAUUUGGA